AUGGGUUUCCUCAACGCAAAGUGGGCUGCCGCCUUCAUGGGCGUUACGAGCCUCCAGGCCAUUGUGUGCUUGGGCUUUGAGUCAUUUGUCUUUGCAAAGUUCCAGAUGAGUCUCGGCAAUUGGGUCGAGAAGCCCGAGGUCCAGUCACAGUACAAGACCAUCCCGACCUUCUUGACCCUCUUCAUCUUCGGCUUUUUGUACGAGCUCGUCGUCGUCUGGGAUGCGCUGCGCAUGAAGAACACAAUCCAGGUCAUUGGCGUCUGCAUCGCCAACCUCGCCCUGCUCGUCUACACAGCCAUUCAGGUCGAUCAGAUUCAGGUGGCUCUCGAGGUCCUCGGCGUCGAGGCGCUCAAGGCGGGCAUCACGCCCGACGAGCUUUGGUCCGACGUCAAGCCCUUUCUCGUCGCCAUUCCUGCCGUCAUUGCCCUCUCAACCGUCGUCUUGAUGUUCAUUUCCUGGAAGCUCUACCAAGAGUUUGCCUGGGAUAUCCUCAAGAACAUUGGCGCCGACUACCGCAUGAAGAAGCGUUUCCUUCACUACCAGAUCUAUAUUGCCCUGCUCAAGUUUGAUUUCUUCUUUUUCCUGGGCUUCAUCAUUCAGUUCGUCGUCAUCGUCGCCCAGAAAUCCGACCCCGAGUUCGCCCUCACCAUUGCCACGAUCCCCAUCACCAUCGGCAUCCUGCUCGCCGCUGCCUUUUUCACCCGCAGGGAGAACAAGCCGGGCAUGAUGGCGGUCAUUGUCCUCUACCUAGGCGGCCUCACCUACUUCAUCUUCAAGCUCGUUCGCAUCUACCAGCCCGAGUACCAGGAAUCGUACAAGGCCGUGCGCAAGUCCCUGACAGCCUUUGCCGUCAUCACCAUCCUGUUGAUUCUCCUCACCAUCACCAACGCCAUCAUCUGCAUGCGCAACUUCGACAAGGGCCUCAAAGCACACUUGUUGUCCCCGCGAAGGGUCGAGGAGAAGCCGGAUGCCCACUCCAUCAGCCUACACGACGUCAAGCCGCAGCUACCAAGCCGGAUGACAAUUGACUGA